GAAGAUGAUGGCAUUGUUUACUUUGCUUGUCAACCCCGACGCAACGUCUGGGUGCGGGACAACGCGCAUUGGGCUCUUCAAGCUUGGUUGGGCUCAGAGUCGAUCUCAACCACACUAGGGCACUGUAUUCUGAAGCAGAAGGGUCCAACUAUAACGGCCACUUUACUUGGCUUGGAAGUGAGUAUCUCAGCGCGACAAAGGCGAAUGGUGUCAUGGACCCGCUACGCGCACAGUGUUUUCCAACGUCAUUUUCACUCGGUUGCUAGCAAAAGCAAAUGGGAGAAAAGCAAUAAUAACAGAUCGGCCGCGGCCGAAGAUCGCGAAGCAGAAAACUAG